CUGCAACAUCUGCUUGCACCAUCAGCUUUAAUACGGUUUGCUUGCAGUUUUUACACUAUGCUUUCUCUGCAGUUUGUAGAAAGUGUUCAGCUGAAUAAGAAGCCCUUUCACCUGGUAGGAACAUCCAUGGGUGGUUGUGUAGAAGGAGUUUAUGCUGCUCGCUAUCCCUCUGAUCUGUCCGGUCUCACGCUGAUCUGUCCUGCAGAUCCUUCAGGGGUUGGUGAAAGUCCGUACUCCACACAACAACUUAUACCGUGAAGUGUUCAUGGAGCUAGUAGACGAAAAAUCGAGACACUGCCUGCAUGACAACAUGCACCUCAUUUCAACACCACUUCAAGUCAUUUGGGGGAAGCAAGAUCAGGUGCUCGAUGUAUCCGGUGCGUCUGUUUUGGCUGAUACUUUGCCCGGAUCCCAAGUCGAUCUGUUAGACAACUGUGGCCAUACUGUGGUGAUGGAGCGUCCUCGGAAAGCUGCUCAUCUCAUCGUGGACUUCAUCACGCGUCAGCAGAAUUCAGGAAGCGCUAGCAGCAAAAAGCUUUCUUGAAACUAUGAAACUUCACAGCGAGAUUUUAUUAUUUUUACGAAAUUUGUAAUUUAUCUUAAAUGUAUUUUUCUAGUGAGCCCUCAGGGACAGACCACCAGGGUUAAAUUUACUCUUGUAGUAUUUAAGAUUGAACAGAACUAGAAUUGCUGGAACAUUGCUGAAUUUACUGCAGUGUGGACCAAUAACAGGCAAUAACAUUUUACUGACAGUUUCAGGUUUUACUAAAUUCAGAAAAAGGCCCAGAAAAACAAGUAGGAAACCUACAUGACACAUCUCCUGACUCAUAAACAAACACGUUUCAGCAGCUGGUCGUCUGACUUGUUCAUAGGAAAGUGAAUGCCGGAGUCGGCUCACUAUCGCCACCUAACGGUACAUGUCAUUAUAACAACAUGUUAUAAUGACAUGUACUGUAUACCGGCAUUAUAACGUGUGUGUGUUUGUGUGUGUAUGUGUGUGUAUGUUUGUGUGUGUGUUUGUUUGUUUGUUUGUGUGUGUGUGUGUGUAUGUUUGUGUGUGUGUAUGUGUUUGUGUAUGUUUGUGUGUGUAUGUGUUUGUGUGUAUGUUUGUGUGUGUAUGUGUGUAUGUUUAUGUACGUGUGUGUGUGUGCGCGCGUGCGCGGCGCGUGUGUGUGUGUAUGUGUGCUUGUAUGUUUGUGUGUGUAUGUUUGUGUGUGUGUGUUUGUGCGUGUGCGCGAGGCGCGUGAGUGUGCAUGAAUGUAGCAUUAAAUACAUUUACUUAGAUCAUUGCAGGAGACACAACUUAAUGAAGGCUUUUAUUCAGAGCCUGAAAAUAUUGAAUAUAGAUUUAAAUUAGAUUAAAAAAUUAAUUUAAUCUAAAAAAUGUAUAACAUUCAGUUAUGACUAGAGUCUUAAACUCAGAAAAGUCACUUGACUCUAGAAUCAACUCAAAUGUUACACUGAACUUUAAGUUGCUUUGGAGCUCUAGGUUGCAAAACUCCACCUGACUGUAUAGAGCUUUAGAAAGGACAUCAUGUAAAUGUGGUGUAUAGACAUUAAAAAAGUUGUCAUCAUGAAAAGUCAGUGUGUGCUUGUUUUACUGUUUGUAAUAUUUGUAAGGCAUCACAUUUUGAUGUAUACUUUAAUAAAUUAUUUAGUCGAGUGACUUUUCUGAGUUUGAGACUUUAGUCAUUCAUGCAAAUGAGGAUGAGGAUCACUUUUGAGUCUGGUUCCUCUCAAGGUUUCUUCCUCUUCCAUCUAAGAGACUUUUUCCUCACCACAGUCGCCAUUAGGGAUUGAUUAGGUACAGAUGGGUGUGAAACGCACUCCCUGAUUCUAUGGGAAAUGAAGAAUCUGGAGAUCGGCUUGAGAAAACUCAAAACAAAGGCUUAAAAGCGGGGUGUGAUAUGAACCGAAGGUGAAGGCUCAUCCCAAUAGCAGCUCCUUGUUACAGGAACAAGCUAAAGGGGCACUGAUAAGAGCAAGAUACAGCUCCAAUCAAGACAAGGAGCUGUGACGCUGAAUCUGCUGAGGACUUACUCAAAGAGCUUCCACAAAUACAGCAAACACAAAAAGAAUAAUUACUCCGGACCAUCACCUUUCAGGAACUCACAGAGGCAAUGUCCCAGCUAUCCAAUGGACGAGCCCCUAGAAUAGAUUUAUUACCCAUGGAUUUGUACAGUCAUGGGUGUGAAACACACUCCCUGAUUCUAUGGGAAUUGAAGAAUCUGGAGAUCGGCUUGAGAAAACUCAAAACAAAGGCUUAAAGUGGGGUGUGAUAUGAACCGAAGGUGAAGGCUCGUCCCAAUAGCAGGCUCUGGGGAAAAGCCUUUCUUAUGUGGGGUCAUAUUAAGUGAUGAGUGAGGAAUUCAACCCCACCUUCUUUAACUAGUAUAAAUAAGGAAGCAUGCACAUCCUGUUACAUCAAAUAAUCUUCAUCCUUCCUUGCUACCUGCCUCUGACAACUUUCUUGUACAUACUAAGUGCAUAAUCAUGUCAUACUUGGCACCAACCUAUACAAUUGGAGGCCAAGGAGGAAGUGAAUUUGAUUUUGAUGGUAUUACAAAUGGAGCCACACUAAAACAGAUCUGGGUGUGGGCUGGUGGCUGGCAGAUAAAAGCCGUCAAGGUUUGGCUAACUGAUGGCCGGUCCAUGCAAUUUGGUCAACCUGGAGGGAGGCUUUCACAGUUUGAAUUUGAAGAUGGAGAACAUUUCUCCUCCCUUUCACUUUGGGGAAAUGGAGCUGGAACACGUCUGGGUGCCAUCAAAAUCAAGACAAAUAAGUCCCGAGAGUUCUUCCCAAAAAUGUCAGACUGGGGGCUGAAAACAGAAUAUCCAAUUGAUGUGGGUUCUGGGAUCUGCAUGGGAAUCGGAGGUCGUGCUGGUGCAGAUGUUGAUUGCCUAUGUUUUUAUUUCAUCAACACCAUCAUGUCUAGCAAGCUAACAAAUGUUCAUUAUCCCACACUUCACAGUUUGUUACCUAAUGUGGCUGUUGAGGAAAUCAAAUCCAUGACGUAUCAUAAUAAUACUACUGAAGCUCAAGAAUAUAAAAUAGAAACCUCCAAAACAAUCACCAAAAAGUCAUCCUGGUCUGUUACCAACAAGCUGGAAGCCUCGUUUCACCUGGAAGUGAAGGCAGGAGUUCCAGGGCUUGUGGAAAUUUCAAGUGGAUUCAGUCUCACAGUGGGAAACGAGAGAUCAUAUGGUUUAGAGAACACUGAGGAGAAAACUGAGCUGUUCUCAUUUCCUGUUAAAGUUCCUCCAGGGAAAACCAUAGAUGUAGACAUCACUAUUGGCCGAGCUUCAUUUGAUCUCCCCUACACUGGAACAGUCCAGGUUACCUGCUACAAUGGCAGUGUGCUGGAGUUUAAAACCAGUGGAACCUACAAAGGUGUCACUUACACUGAUGCAAAAAUUACGGUGAUAGAAUCAGGAAAAAACAUGUAAAUUCUGUAUCAUCUGAAAGAGCUUGGCACAGACACCAAUAUUUUGAUCAGCAAAUGAAUAGAACAAAUCUCAGUUAAUUUUUUGUAAAGAUAUGGUAGGAUUGUAGCUGCAACCUCCUUUAUUUAGAUAAGUCCAAAGCUAGUCCAUGGAGAUUUUGUUCAUAAGUAUAACAACAGAUAAUUCAUAAUAAUACACAACCAUUAUGUAUAAGACAUGUAAUAAAUUAAUUUUUUAAAGAAGCCAUGUACCAAAGUACCUUACCAAGGUACUUAAUUCCAAGGUGCAUAUGGUAAAAUAAAGAUAAACCGCAAGAUGUGAUUUAUUAUAAAUAAAAUAAACAUUAUUUUGAUCAAUCAAGCCAACAAGCUGAUAGCAGCUAUCACUCUAACUAACUAACUAACUAUUAUUCUAAUCAAAUGUGAACGCUAAAAUGACACUGAAAAACCAGUUAACAUUAAAUCUAGGCUGUGAAGAGUGCAGUUUGGAUGAUUUAUGGUUUUUAUCAAGACUACCUGGAUGGACCUGUGACCCAGAGCUGACUACACAUGUAUAACAAGGAUAUGAAGGAAUCGACUGAAAGAAGUCUGCUACGCCUCUGCUUAACUCAUACCUUCAACUUACAGUAUUCUCUACCUUUGUACUUUUCAUUCGUGUUAGUAUAAGCGUUUUGUAUUAUGGAAAUUGAUUACAUUCCAUACACAUAUCCAUAUGCUAAUCAUUUAUCUAUGAGUUAUUACUUUAGUAUCUUUAUGUAAUCCUCCACAUUUAAUUGUGUGAUUUAGUGAUGUUGUGAUAGAAAGCAGGGAGAUGACUUUGAGGGCCAGAACUAAGGCAAAAAGGUAGACUCUCUCUAUCAGGACUGAUUUAAGACACCUGAUGUAAUGUUGACUUUCACCAUAUAUGUAUUACCUUUCCUGAUAAUUAUGUAAUCAUAUAUAAUAAUUCAUGUUUAUUUUUCUUUGUUUAACCAAUAUGCAUGAAGUUGUUUGUUUACCUGUAACCAAUAACACUAGCCCUGUGGGGUGAAUUAUAUAAAUGAAUGUAACACUUUGGUCAUUGGAGUUCUUCUCCACAGCCAUGAUGAGAAUAAACCUAUUACUUUAAAAUCAA